UUACCCGCGUAUGUAGUUUCAACGGCAUUAACUGUCAUUUUGAAGUUUAAAUUUUAUACAUUUCUACAACGAUUAUAGUGUUAUAUACUUAUUGUUUUAAUUAAGUAAAAGCAAAGGAGAAUGUGUGAUUUUAACACACCAAAGGCGGCUGCACAUUUGCAGCAUGCUUUCAAAACACCAAUAACAGAAUAUUACACGCCAAGAAGUGAAAUGUCUGAUAGUGAGGAAAGCACCAACAGUUGUGGAGAUUAUGUUCCAUCCAAUGGAGGCCGAGAAUUGUCUUUGGUCGCUGAAUAUGAUGAAAUAGUUCGUUUAUUAAAAACCCAGAGAAAUGAUGAAGUUGAAGAUGCAUUCCUUGAUUUCACAAGGCAAGCUGAAGAUAUGGCAAAACAAUUGAAAAUUGCUGCACAGGAAUGUCACAGAUUGCAGCAGCAAUUGGACCUAAAGAUUCAUGAGUCUAGUGACUUGGAAAGCAAAUUGAAUCAUGCUCGUAAAAUGAUAGACCAGGAGAAGAGGUACAGCCGCAAAGUGGAAGAUGAAAGAGACUACUUGGAAGAACAAAUAAGUAGAGUGAAAGAGUUUUUGCAUAGAGAUGGAAGACUUGGGGAGGAUGCAAGACAGAAAUUGUCAUUUUUGAAUACUGUUGCUGCACCUUGUUGGGACCCAAACUCAAGCCAUCAAGGGCAACGUUUGAGUGCAAUUAAUGAAGUCAAUACAACAGGUUCAUUAUUAUCAGACUUUAGUUAUUCCAAAUCGGAGGAUGAUUUAGAUGUGUCUGCUUUACAUGCUGGAAAGGGAUGGAAAAAGCAUAGGCCUAGUAUGGAUCAGUUGCCAGAACCUGCACAGAAGAAAAGGAGAUCAUCUAAUAAUAAAGUUGUGGAGAUUACUAAUGCAGAUAGUAUUAGAGCAACAACAACAUUAACAGUGCCAAAACAUGGCCCUAUCACAGCUACAUCCAUAAUUCAAACCAUUCCAAACCAAAAAGAAAAGGAUAAUGUUGAUUCUGGCAAUCUUUGGAAGACCAAUCCAAUUAUACAUAACAAUAAUUUAAGACAGCAUGUAUUGCAAAGCAAGACUAUAGUAAUGCCAGAUACUUGUGUGUCUUGUGAAAAGAGACUGAGAUUUGGAAAGUCUGCAUUGAAGUGUAAAGAUUGCAGAGCCACUUGCCAUCCUGAAUGUAAAGGAAAUUUGCCAUUGCCAUGUGUGCCUUAUGUUAAUACACCUACACAAAAGAAUAUAUUGGGAUUCAUUAGCGACUACACACCAACAACAACUCCAAUGGUUCCAGCACUGAUUAUGCAUUGUUUGAAUGAAAUAGAGCAGAAAGGUUUAAUGGAAAUCGGACUUUACAGGAUUCCCGGUUCAGAACGAGAUGUUAAACAGUUGAAGGAAAAAUUCUUAAGGGGAAAAGGAUCGCCUUGUUUGAAUCAAGUUGAUGUUCAUGUCAUCUGCGGCACAGUCAAGGAUUUCCUUAGAUCUUUGCAAGAACCUUUGAUCACUUUGAAUUUAUGGCACGAUUUUGUUAGGAGCGUUGAACAAGAGCAAGAAAACAUCGCCAGUUCCUUGUAUCAAGUAAUUUCGGAAUUACCGCAACCUAAUAGGGAUACCCUAGCAUACAUGAUUUUGCAUUUAAAAAGAAUUGGAGAUUCCAAGGAAUGUAAAAUGCCAAUUUCUAAUCUAUCGAAAAUAUUUGGACCCACUAUUGUUGGUUAUUCCUCAUCUGAUCCAGACCCUGAGUUAUUAUUGAAAGAGACGCGUCAACAGAAUAUGGUAAUGGAGCAUUUGAUGAAUUUACCGACCGAUUAUUGGGCUGCAUUUAUUAACAACAACAAUGAGUAUUUGAGAACACCCAAGUUACAGCAGACCCCAAGCACGGAUUCGCUAUUGAGACCAUCAAGUAAAGCAAUGUUUACACCCAAUUUUGUUAGGAGCAACACCAAGAGGAAGCAAAAACAGUUUUUCCAAACGCCACCCAAUUACAAGAAUUAAUAUAAUUUAUUUUUCUUACAGGUUUAUGCAUUUUAUU